AUGACCGUGGAUCCACAGGCAGCGGCACAGCGGCCCACUGCGAAGCCGGCACUGGAGUUCAACCAUGAGUACGUCCUGGGCGAGCCAGAGACCACGGACUGCCCUGCAGGUGGUCAGCCCGUCGAAUCUGCAGACGAGUGCGGCGUCGCGGCCAAGAAGCUGGGAAAGAUGUACCUGGGAGAGCAGAACCCCGCAGAGAUGGAUCCCAAAGGCCCGGGAGGAAGACGACUGCACCGGGUGAUCCAGGCGUUGGGCGCUUUGGAUCAGCGGCUUUUGGCCCCCAACGAGGCUGUUGGGCGGCGUCCUUCAGGCAGCUGUCCUUAA